UGCUACAAAAAAUUACAAGGAACUACUCCAUUGAAAUAAACGGAAUGAAACUGAACAGAAACCUCACGCAAUUAUGCACAAUUUUAGUAGUUACAAUAUCCAUGGUAACAAUAGUAUUUGCAUCCAAUGAAUCCCUUUCUUCAUCCUUACCCGGUUGCAAAAACACAUGUGGAAAUGUCAAAAUUCCAUUUCCAUUUGGAAUAUCAGAUUCAUCAAUACCAAAUCAAGGUCCCUGUUACCUAGAGCACAAAUUUGAACUCAUAUGUGAAAAUGACACAAAAUUACUUUGGGGCAAUGUACAAGUGCAUAACAUAAACAUCCUCCAAGGAGAACUUGAAGUGUCAUUUUUUGUCUCCGGUUAUUGUGGUGGGGAAAAUUCCAAUGUACCCACUUUAGACACUGCCGUUUUCAGGAUAUCAAGCACUGAAAACAAGUUCAUAACGGUUGGUUGUGACAGUUACGGUUAUCUCAACAGUAUUUACAACGAAGAAACAUAUUCAACCGGUUGCUUAACAAGAUGUUAUGGUAAUCGGAAUCAAAUUGAAAACGGAACAUGUUCGGGUAUUGGUUGUUGUCAAGUUGAUAUUCCACAUAUGAUGAGGAAUAUAAGUGUACAAGUUUCUGAUUUUCCUAAUUCCACGGAUUCUUUGGGGUGUAGUUAUUCAUUUGUUGUUAAAGAUGGAUCCUAUAAUUUUACUGUUUCUCAUUUGGAUAAUUUUCCUUAUAAGAUGCUUCCAUUGAUUCUUGAUUGGAGUGUGGGAAAAACUUGUAAGGAAGAUGAAUAUGCUUGCAAGAAGAAUAGUGAUUGCAUUGAUGUGGACAUUGAUUUUGGUUACCAAUGUAAAUGCAAGGAAGGUUAUGAAGGAAACCCGUAUCAUCCAGAUGGCUGCAUAGACAUCGACGAAUGUAAGACAUUGAAUAACACAUGCAUAAGUGAAAGUCAUUGUCGCAACACGGAUGGGUUUUACGAAUGUUUUUGUCCUAAUGGACAAUCUGGAAAUGGAACAUUGGAAGGAGGUUGUCAUAGACGAGAUAUUGUUACCAAGGUUGCCAUUGGAUCAAGUGCUGGACUAAUAGUCCUAUUUGUGGCGGUUUCAUCUCUAUACUUGACGUACCAAAAAAGGAAACUCAUCAAACUAAAGCAAAAAUUCUUUCAACAAAAUGGUGGUUCUAUUUUGCUACAACAACUAUCAACAAGAGAAGACACUUCGCAAUCAGCUCAAAUAUUCACGGAAGAGGAACUUAAGAAAGCCACCAAAAACUACGACGAAAGCUUAAUCAUCGGUAGAGGAGGUUUUGGUACAGUUUUCAAAGGAAUUUUGCCCGAUAACAAAAUUGUCGCUGUCAAAAAGUCCAAAAUAAUAGACGCAAAUCAGAUCGAGCAAUUCAUUAAUGAGGUAGUUGUUCUGUCCCAAAUAAAUCAUAGGAACGUUGUCAAACUUUUAGGGUGUUGUUUGGAGACAGAAGUUCCUUCGUUGGUGUAUGAAUUUGUUAGCAACGGAACACUUUUUGAUUUCAUACAAAAUUGUAAAGAUAAAGCAAACAAUCCAGCAUGGAAAACACGUUUAAGGAUAGCAGCAGAGACAGCUGGUGCUUUAUCAUAUCUACAUUCAGCUGCAUCAAUUCCAAUUAUCCAUAGAGAUGUUAAGAGUACCAACAUUCUCUUGGAUGACAAUUACACUGCAAAAGUUUCCGACUUCGGAGCUUCAAGAUUGGUUCCACUUGAUCAAACCGAGAUAGCGACAAUGGUACAAGGAACUCUUGGAUACUUAGAUCCAGAGUAUAUGCAAACACAUCAAUUAACCGAAAAAAGUGAUGUGUAUAGCUUUGGAGUAGUUCUUGCAGAGCUUCUAACAGGUGCCAAACCUCUUUCUUUUAACAGGCCAGAAGAGACCAUUAGUCUUGCUAUGCACUUUUUGUCUUGUUUAAAACAAGAUAAACUUUUUGAUGCUAUUCAAGUUGGAAUUUUCAAUGAUGAAAACAAGAAAGAGAUUAAGGAGGUUUCUAUUCUUGCUGCAAGGUGUUUAAGACUUAGAGGUGAUGAAAGACCUAGUAUGAGGGAAGUAGCUAUGGAGUUGGAUGGCAUAAGGUUAAUGGAGAAGCAUCCUUGGAAUGAUACAGAGCAAAAUUUUGAGGAGAGUCAACGCUUACUUCAUGAGGCAUCUUGUAGUAUCUACAAUGAAACUGAUGAUAGCUAUAACCCUGGAUAUAGUGGGUAUGAUAGCUUGAAAGAUCAGCCAUUGAUUGUCUUGGAUGAUGGAAGAUGAUUGUGAUAUAUAUAUACCUUUCACUAUAGGAUCAAUUGAUUUUGAAAGGGUUGGUAAAAAGACUUUCUAUUGUGAAUGAUUGACCUAAUAAAUUUUUUA